AUGGGAUCAUUAAAGAGUUCUGUCUUCCUCUUGAUCCUGUACCUUCUAGAAGGGACCCUGAGCAAUUCCCUCAUUCAGCUGAACAAUAAUGGCUAUGAGAGCAUUGUCAUUGCAAUUGACCCCAAUGUGCCUGAAGAUGAAGCACUUAUUCAACAAAUAAAGGAUAUGGUGACUCAGGCAUCUCCAUACCUGUUUGAAGCUACGGGGAAACGAUUCUAUUUCAAAAAUGUUGCCAUUUUGAUUCCUGAAAACUGGAAGACAAAACCUGAUUAUGUGAGACCAAAACUGGAAACCUAUAAUAAUGCUGAUGUUCUGAUUGCUGAACCUAAUCCUCCGGGUAAUGAUAAACCAUAUACUGAGAUGAUAGGAGGGUGUGGAGAAAAGGGUGAAAGGAUUCAUUUCACUCCUGACUUCUUAGCAGGAAAGAAGUUGACUCAGUAUGGACCACAAGGUAGGGUUUUUGUCCAUGAGUGGGCUCAUCUACAAUGGGGAGUAUUUGAAGAAUACAAUGAUAACCAGAAAUUCUACUUAUCCAACGGAAAACCGCAAGCAGUAAGAUGUUCAGCAGCUAUUACUGGUACCCAUGGAGUUCCAAAGUGCCAGGGAGGAAGUUGUAUCACCAAACCUUGCAGAAUAGACAAAUUAACAGGAUUGUAUGAACAAAACUGUGAGUUCGUACCCAAAACGCAACAGACUGAGAAGGCUUCCAUAAUGUUCCAACAAAGUAUUGGUUCCGUGGUUGAAUUCUGUACAGAACAAAACCACAACUCAGAAGCUCCAAACUCGCAAAACCAAAAAUGCAAUCUCCGAAGCACAUGGGAAGUGAUCCGCGAGUCUGAGGACUUUAAGAAAACCACUCCUAUGACAACACAGCCACCUAAUCCCACUUUCUCACUGCUGCAGAUUGGACAACGAAUUGUGUGUUUAGUCCUUGAUAAAUCUGGAAGCAUGUCGAAUGCUAACCGCCUUAACCGGAUGAAUCAAGCAGGGAAGCUUUUCCUGCUGCACACCGUGGAACAGGGCUCCUGGGUUGGGAUGGUGAUGUUCGACAGUGUCGCCUAUGUACAAAGUGAACUCAGACAGAUUAACAGUGACGCCGACAGGGAUGUUCUCACUAGAAGCUUACCCACAGUACCUUCAGGAGGGACAUCCAUCUGCUCUGGGCUUCGAUCGGCAUUUACUGUGAUUAGGAAGAAAUACUCUACAGAUGGAGCUGAAAUCGUGCUGCUGACUGACGGGGAGGACAACACUAUAAGCAGCUGCUUUAAUGAGGUGAAGCAAAGUGGAGCCAUCAUCCAUACAGUCGCCCUGGGGCCCUCUGCGGCUAAAGAACUAGAGGAGCUGUCCAAAAUGACAGGAGGUUUACAGAUGUAUGCUUCAGAUCAAGUUCAGAACAACGGCCUCCUUGACGCUUUCGGGACCCUCUCAUCAGGAAAUGGAGCUCCUUCUCAGAGCUCCAUCCAGCUGGAGAGUAAGGGAUUAACCUUCCAGAACAAUAAUCAGUGGAUGAAUGGCACGGUAAUAGUGGACAGCACAGUGGGAAAGGACACUUUCUUUCUUGUCACCUGGACAAAACAGCCUCCCCAAAUCCUUCUUUGGGAUCCCAGUGGAAAGUUACAAAGUGGCUUUGUAGUGGACGCAGCUAUCAAAAUGGCCUCCCUCCAAAUCCCAGGCACCGCCAAGGUUGGGACUUGGAGAUACAGUCUGCAAGCAAGCUCACAAACUCUGACUCUGACUGUCACCUCCCGUGCAUCAAGUGCUACUGUCCCUCCAAUUGCACUGAAAACCAGAAUGAACCAGGACACAGGCAAAUUCCCCAACCCCAUGAGAGUUUAUGCAAAAGUUCGUCAAGGAGCCUUACCAAUUCUUAGGGCCAAUGUCACAGCCCUGAUUGAAUCAGCAAACGGGAAAACAGUUACCUUGGGAUUACUGGACAAUGGAGCAGGGGCUGAUGCUACUAAGAAUGAUGGUGUCUACUCAAGGUACUUUACAAAUUAUGAUGCAAAUGGAAGAUAUAGUGUAAAAAUAUGGGUCCUGGGAGGAAUUACUGCAGCCAGACAGAGAGCAAUUCCUCAUCAGAAUGGAGCCAAGUACAUACCUGGCUGGAUUGAGAAUGGUCAAAUAAAAUGGAAUAUACCACAAGAUGAAAUUAGUGACAAUACUUCUCAAGAGGAGCAAGUGUGUUUCAGCAGAACAUCUUCAGGAGGUUCAUUUGUGGCUUCCAAUGUCCCAAGUGGUUCCAUUCCUGACCUCUUCCCACCUUGUCAAAUCACUGACCUGAAGGCAGAAAUCCAAGAGGGCAGUCUCAUUAACCUGACUUGGACGGCUCCUGGGGAUGAUUACGAUCAGGGACAAGCUCACAAGUAUAUCAUUCGAAUAAGUACAAGUAUUCUUGACCUCAGAGACAAUUUCAGUGUUUCAGUUCAAGUGAACACUACUCAUCUCAUUCCAAAGGAGGCCAACUCAGAGGAAGUCUUUGUGUUCAAACCGGAAAAUAUCACUUUUGAAAAUGGCACGGAUCUCUUCAUUGCUAUUCAGGCUGUUGAUAAGGCUAAUCUUAAAUCCGAAAUAUCCAACAUUGCCCGAGUAUCUUUGUUUAUUCCUCCUCAACCUGAAGAUACUUCUACUCCUUAUCCUAGUAUUACUACCAAUAGUACCAUUUGUGGCUUUCACAUUUUAAAAAUUAUGUGGAAGUGGAUAGGGGAAUUGCAAAUGUCCUUAGCCUUGAAUUGA